AUGCCAAGCACCUCGGUGCAUCACAUGCUCAAUGAGUUAGUCGACCUUAGCCACAGCAUUGCCGCUCUACUGGAGCAGGGGCAAAUGUUAUCGCCCACCGGCGCCCCUAGUGCAGCGGACCGGCAACAGGAGGCCAGUCUCAAGACACAGGAAAUCGAACGCAUUGUGCGCAGGGUUGAGGCGCACUUUGUCGAUCGCAUUCAGUCGCUGGAGGCGUUAAAUGCCUCCUUGGCGGAGGAGGUCCGGCAGCUGCGUGGGGCGCUUGUGACGCAGCGCGCCAACGGUGCUGCAGGUCGGGCGAACGUCCUGCACGACAUAAGUGGUAGUGACCUGCAAGAGGAUUCAAAGACGUUGGAUGCUUGGGAAAAGGCGUCGUGGGACGAAACCGGCAAUGGUGCUGCCGUUAGCGAAGUGGAGCAGCUGCGGCGCGUACUGGUGGCGGAAAAGCGCCAGCGGUUGCGUGUUGAGGAGCAGACGCAGUCGCUGACGGAGCAGCAUGCGAGGGUGGUAGGGACGCUGGAGCGGCGACUCAAAAAACAAGAGGAGCAGCUCUACGAUCUCAUCGCUGCCAUCGACAGGGGCUACAGGGGCGGGUCAGCCACGACGUCUGCCUCUCCAACACGCUGCACCGAACGCGGCUCCUCUCAUAGGCUUCCCACACCACGUCACCUCCUCCGCCAGCAGCUUGCGCAGCACCAGCAGACGCAACGGGCACUGCAGCAGUACAAGGAGAAUCUCCACCUUGAGCCUCCGUCUCCGGCGGGGAGCGACGAGGUGGCGGCCACCAUGAAGGAGCUUGGGCUGGAUGACGUGCGGCGCACUCUAGAGCUGAUUAGGUCAAGCAAACCCCUUACCGUGCAGGAGCACCAUCAUGACCAGGAGGAAACCCAUACGUCGCCGGCUGUUCGUUUACCACCACACACUGUCCGCGAUGGGCCGGCCGUGGUGCACUCACCUACAGUCUGUUCACAGGUGCCGCUACCUGCUGCUGAUCGAGCAGCUUGCACCUCAGCGAACGAAGUGGACGAAAUCACGGCGUUCCUCGAGAACAUUACCAAGGAGCUGGAGAGCCUUGACUCUCAGUAG